UGCAGCACCACACAGAGGACACUACUAAGCAUCAUUUCAUCAAGAGGUUUAUCCGAUUUUUUCCUGUUCCUGUUUUGUAAAUAAUAUCCGUCUUAAUGUCCGCGGUGUAUUUUUUUCUCGCACACUAAUCCUCUUUCUAAGUUAUGUGGACUGAUGUGAACUUUGACAUCAACAGAGUUAGAUAUAAGGUGGUAGAGACUACAGAUUAACUAUGGAUUAUAUUCGGUCUUUCCUGAAAAUACGGAGGAGCUCUUCAUCAGAUAGGAACCCACCCAGUAACGAUACCCAGAAAAAGAUUCAACCAGUUUCUACAUCGGCCAAUGAGGAUGAAAGAGAUGAAGAGGUCUCUCCAACGACAGUACCACCUGUCAGAAAGAGAAGAGGAGGGGUUAGCUCGGAAGCCAUUACCGAAAAGGAGAUUACAUCAUACGUGAAGAAAGUUGUACCAAAGGACUAUAAGACCAUGGCAGCAUUGUCGAAAGCAAUUGCUAAAAAUGUUCUCUUUGCUCAUCUUGAUGAUAAUGAAAGAAGUGAUAUAUUUGAUGCCAUGUUCCCAGUGAAACACAACGCCGGCGAGGUUGUUAUUCAACAAGGUGAUGAGGGAGAUAAUUUCUAUGUUAUUGACAAAGGAGAAGUAGAGGUGUACGUGAAUGGAGACAUGGUGACCACCAUUAGCGAUGGUGGAAGCUUUGGUGAGCUGGCUCUCAUCUAUGGUACUCCUAGGGCAGCUACCGUUAAGGCUAAAACAGACCUCAAACUAUGGGGCAUUGAUCGCGACAGCUACAGAAGAAUCUUGAUGGGAUCCACUAUUCGAAAGAGGGGAAUGUAUGAAAACCUAUUGUCAAAGAUCUCUAUUCUUGAUAGCUUAGACCAAUGGGAGAGGCUGACUGUAGCAGAUGCACUUGUCCCUGUACAGUUUGAGGACAGCCAGAGUGUGGUAACUCAGGGAGAGCCUGGCGAUGAUUUCUACAUCAUAGUAGAGGGUAGCGCAGCAGUACUUCAGCGCCGCACAGACGGCGAGGACUUCAUUGAAGUUAGUAAAUUGGGCACGUCAGAUUACUUUGGCGAGAUUGCCUUGAUAUUGGACCGACCACGUGCUGCUACAGUUGUUGCCCGUGGGCCAUUGAAAUGCGUCAAACUGGACAGACAGCGCUUUGAGAGACUCCUUGGCCCAUGCAUAGAUAUAUUGAAGAGGAAUAUCUCGCAAUAUAACAGUUUUGUCGCCCUAUCUGUGUAAAGUUGUCGAGAUGAUAGUUAACAGUCUAUAAAUGAGUCUUCGUUAUAUGGUAGGGAUAUUGGCCUCCUAGUUUUGUUAUGUGUUAUUUACACACAUAAUAAAUUAUGUGCGUUAUUUACACACAUAAUGAAAUGAAAUGUGUAAUUAAUAGCUUAAGAUAUUAUCUCGUGAUGAAAAAAACAGGAAGAUUUCAGUAAUUUUCCUAAAAUCGCUGGCGAAACUAUACUCAAUAAAUAACAAUAAAUAACAUAAUACUGUAUGUAACAUUUGGGGUUAUAGAGAAAUUAUCACUAAUCGUCAGGUAUUCUAACUGCUACUGAAGCCAGGCAUCCACUGCACACGACUGUCGUCGGCCGACGUGAUUCCACGACAUGCACAAUGGAUCGUUUUUAAUGACAAUCCGUUCAUACUGCCACUGACGAUCGGCAGAUGGCGUUGCGUCAUCUAACACUCAAGGGAGCGGGGUUGGAUUCGUCGGCCGACCAAAGUGACGCAGCGAAUGCCCAGCUUAAGGACAUCCUGCCAACUUAUUCCUCUAAAACUAGAUUUACACUAGACACGAUAACGACAUGAAGACAUCAUAUCAUCGUGUAGUUUGUAUUCUUCAACACUGCGCGCAUCUGUAUCGUGUCGUCUUGUCGUAAUCAUGUCUAGUGUUAAUGUAGCUUAAGAUGUAGAGAAACUUGUAAAUAAGAUAUUAAAAUUCCAUAAUGUAGUUAAAUGUUCCAUUAAGCCUCAGGCCCAACAUAUACAAAAUGGAAUUUAUAUGUUGGUGUAAUUCUUCACCCCCCCCCCCCCCCCCCCCCCCCCACCCCCGCUCACCAAUCUGUAAUGCUCUUAGAUGUACAUAUUAGCCAAGUGGAAUUUCCUGUUACUGAGCGCGCGUUAUUCCUAGAAUAAGAUAUGUUUAUAAUAUUUAAUUAUUUUUUUCCUGUAUUCUAAUGAGGUGCACACAGAAAUGAAAGCUUUGUUCUUCCUAUCGUUAAUUAGGAACACGCGUGCAUUCCAUUCCAUGCACACAUAUAAGUCAUAUGGAUAAUUCCAUAUUAAAAUCAGCAUGCGAUUUUGUGCAUUAAGACCCUCAUGUGUGGACAUGGAUUGUGAAUGUAACAUGUUCGCAGUGCAUGUUUGCACAGGUUGUACCACCACAGAGAUGAAGAGAGUGGUUCCACUUUGAAUAAUUGGUGUUUACUACCAACUUGUAGGGGGAGCCCUUCAAAUUGGUUAUACUUUUAAAUAAUUCAGUACCAGGUUAUUGGGGAGUGCUCUUCAAUUGGAGUAGAAUAAUGUAAUUGGGUAGAAUGUACACUCUUUUCCUAUUUACAUUCCUUGGUAACCAGCAAAAUAUACAAGUACAGUACAGGCUCCCUCUAAUUAAAAACCCCUUCAAUUACAGACCACCUCCAAUUACAGACCACUUUUCUGUGGUCACAAAUAAACAAACGUUUUAUAUUGUUGUAAUUAGAGACCAAAGUUGCUAUAGACCAUGGAAACCUCGUCCAAAAUGUGGUCUUUAAUUGAGGGGAACCUGUAUAUUGAUAUUUGAGGAUUUUGACAGCAGUAUUACAUGUGUCUAAUCUAAUAAUUUUCUACUAUACAAGUAACUUUCUGUGAAAAAGAACAAGCUUGUAAUUAAUGAUGUUAAAGGGGUGUAGGUAGGAGGAGAGAAUUCCUCCUGAAUUUUGCACACAAGGAGUGGAACACAUGCUCCAGUCCUAAAAAUAUCAUCAUGCUUCCUUGGUAUGUCCGCAUUCUGAAUCUAUUCUAUUAUGAUAAUGAAUAGGUGGUACCCAAAUUAUUCCCAUUCUUGACCACAAUUUUGUUUGUCAAUAUGAUGCAUUAAUUGUAUUCCCGUCAGAGAGGGCGCCCUUUUUAAGUUUGGUUGUAUUUGUCCACGAUGGUCUUCAUUAGACUCAUAAGAAUGGAACCACUUUAUAAGCUUUGAUUUUUAUGUAAAGACCAUUUCAGUAUUCUGACUUUGCGGGAAAAGCCAAUGAUUUUUCAGAGAUCAACAAUAUUCCAUACUAAACACAUGUUUAAAAAAACAGCUCACGUUUAGUUGUUUUUUGCUGACUGUCCUUAAUUUAUUCCAUCAUAUUAGAUUAACACAUUAAUUAUAUUCCAGAUUCUAAUAUUAAAAAGUAAAUUCCAAAAACAAUGCAAACAAAAUGGAAACAUCCUGAGAUUUCCAUUUGAUUUAUUGGCUGUGAUGCAGCAUGUCCUCAUGGUCUCAUAACAAUAUGUGACUACUGCUAGGUCUGUUUUCUCCCAACUGAAAACAUUUUGCGGGUACGUGUCUCCAUAUAAAGCUAAGCGUGAGGCAUUUGCCCUUCCGGGUGGGGUUCUAUGACUUGAAAAAGAUACAUACAGGCCUAGGCUAGAAUAAUGUUCAUUUAUUGAAAGAAAAUUUUAAUUAAUUUUAUUUAUUAUAUUAAAUGUGUAGAAAUGCUGUUCAGGUGGAGGAAGGUCUAUUGAAGAUAUUAAAUGCUUUAUUUUAUAAUCUGAGUAUUAAUAUUUACAAGAACAUAAAUAAUUUUUUUAAAAUAUAUAUAAAAAAAGACUUUUUAGUCUCCUCACUUCUCUAAUCUUUAGGGGCACUUUUAAUAUCACUCAAAGAUUUUAUAAUUCCAAGAUAGCAUUUUCUGCAACUUCUGCGUGAAAAUUUCUAAACACAGAAUUCCUAAACAGUAAGACACCUUCACACAAAAUGAUAAAUUCCAACUUCGACAUAAAAGGUUGUUAAGUAAAGAUAGCGCAUCUGCUUGCAAAUUCUGUGGCAACUAUGGUAACAACUAGGACACCGUCUCUCAGAAAUUAUUACUUUUUAUGCUUUCUUUUACUGAACAUCAAUGUUUCUGUUUGUUACAUGUAAAUCGUGGAGAGCACUAUCUUGUAAUUAGAAGAUAUUUGAUAUCACUUCACCGCUUACUCUUGAGGGCGCUUGGCAUCACAGGGGUUGCUUUAAAUUAUUUUAUAUGUUGCUGUCAUCGUUGACGAUGUAAUUUCCAGUGUAAUGCUUCAUUCUCAUUGGAUCCGAACCUAAAUUUGGACUGCGUUUCCAAUCCGCUGAAUGUCCCUGUUCUUACACACUGAUCUGAUUUUUUGAUCAGUUCGAUAGGCUUUUCAUAUCCGAAACUUUGGAUUCAGUGUAAAUCCACCUUUAUGCAUUGAAUUGAAAGAACUGUACAGUUUCAUGGCUUUAUUAUCUUGGUUUGUAAUUUAAAUUAUUGUACAGGAUAAGUUAACCAGAGAAAAAUACUUACUCUUGUCUAAUGUAUUACUAAAUACCUUUUUGGUAUAACUGCAUUCUUGGUAUAACACUAUUAGUUGUAAUAAUAUAUCGACAGCUUAGGUGUACUAGAUGUUUCUGUGUUGGAAGGAGCUUACUUCAACAUGGUUAUUGAGUUAAAACCAUUAGCGCAUUCCUAGAUUAGAUUUUCCAAGAUGCUUAGAUCAAUUCCAUGUUGAAGAAGGCAGAUAAUGUCAGCCAUUGUUUAAUAUGUGAUUGUAGCUCCUUGUAUGCCUUCAUCACUUUAGUAGAUUUUGUGGAAUUGUAAAUCAGAAAUUGAUAAUAAAUUAAGUUUGCUGAAA